AACGCGCCAAGCUUUCAAUUAACACGCGUUCGCUUUCAGGGGGCAGCUACCAUUGACGUCGUUGAACACCUAUGCUGGAUUGUGGUUGCCCAUACAAACCCGGCCUAUGUGCCUAAUAGAAGAACCCAGUACCGAUUGAAGUGUACUGCUGAGACUUGUAUUCUCCGACAAGCACUCUCGAAGAAUCUGUCCCUUUUUCGAGACGCCUUGAAGCUAUCUUCAAGAGGUCUUCUUGUUUCCCCAAUACUACCUCAUCUGCGCCGACAACACCCUUUUUACUCCUCAACGGCCUUUUCCUCUCUCGAUAACCCUACCUUUCGCUUCAAGAGACCUUGAAUAGCUGCUCAACAUGUGGAUUUUGCCGUUGGUCGGAUACCUCGGGUCGAUCGUGGGCUUUGGCUUCAUGACCCUGGCCAUAGCCUCCGGCCUCUACUACCUCUCUGAACUCGUCGAAGAGCACACCGUUAUCGCGAAGCGCUUCCUCUCCAAGCUCAUUUACUCGAUCAUGGCCCUCCAGCUUCUCCUCUGCGUCGUCGACCGUUUCCCCUUCUUCCUCACCGUUCUCGGCAUCUUCUCGCACUUUAUCUACUUAGGCAACAUGCGGCGCUUCCCCUUUGUGAAACUCACCGACCCCUUGUUCCUCGCCUCGUGUGCCCUCGUUUUAAUCAACCACUACGUCUGGUUCAAACACUUCUCCCACCACCAAGAACGCGCCUACCAAAACGUCUCCUAUUACGACACUCCUGACGACAUCCCCACCUUCACCGAGAUCGCCUCCUACUUCGGGCUCUGCGUCUGGCUCGUUCCCUUCGCAUUGUUUGUUUCCCUCUCAGCAAGUGACAACGUCCUCCCCACCAUGGGAAGCGGGAGCAGCGGUGACUUCUCCUCGUCGUCUACAUCAAACGGCAGCAAAAAGAGAGGACAGGGCAUGUUCAAGGCGCUGGUGGAUGGAGUCCUAAAUACAAUGGCCGAGUUGGGCAACAUGACGGGGUUGAAGAAGCUGGAGGAUAGGCUCUAG